AUGCCGAGCACCUCGGACGCGGCGGCCGGCGGGAGCGGGGGAAGCCGGGGCUGGGGGAGCGGCGGCGGCGGCAGCAGCUCGGCGGUGGAGGCGGCGGCCGAGAAGAAGCGGCUGCAUCACCGGAGACGGAAGCGCUUCGCGGCCCAGCCGCAGCCUCCCCCCCCGCCGCCGGCCCCUCACCCGCUGCUCUUCCCGCUCCUGCAGCCGCCCCUCCUGCAGCCCCCGCUCCUGCAGCCGCCGCUGCCGCCGCAGUCCCUGCUCUUCCUGGCGGCCACCGGCGCCUCCUCCUGCUGCGGGGACGGGGGGGAGCGGAAGCGGCCGCGGGGCAAGCGGCGCUCGGGCUCCCGGCACAAACGGCGGCGGGGCCGCGGGGGCGGCGGCGGCGGCGGCGGGACCCAGGAGGCGGAGAAGCGGCGCGGUAGCGGGGGGCUGAGCACGCUGGUGGAGGAGUACGACGACGUGAGCUCCCAGUCCGAAGGGCUGGUGGGCGGCGGCGCGGCCGGCGGCGGCGCGGGCAGCGGCGGGGGGAGCCCGGCCUCCUCCUCGGGCGGUGGCGGCGGGACCCAGCGCCAGAGGGGCGAGGCGGAGCGGAGCGGCCGGUCCCGCCGGGAGCACCGCGGCAGCAGCGGCCGCUCCAAGGAGCGGCACCGGGAGCACCGCCGGCGGGGGGAGGAGAAGGCGCAGCAGGAGGGGGCGUCGGCGGGCCGCGGGGGACCCGAGGCCUCCUCGUCCUCCUCCAAGUCCCGCAGCCGCCACAAUCACACCGGGGGCCAGGACCGGGAGGGACUCAAGAGCAGCAGCGGCGGCGGCAGCGACGGCCGCAGGAAGGGCUCCCUCGCCUCGCCCGGCAGCGGCAGGAAAGAGCGGGAGAGCAAAGCGCACCGGAGCCGGACUAAAGCGGCCAAGGAGCCGCCGUCGGCUUACAAGGACCCGCCGAAGGCCUACCGAGAUGACAAGCCCGAGCCCAAGGCCUACCGGCGGCAGCGCUCGUCCCCCAGCCCCGGCCGGGAUGACAGCCCCCCGCUGCACCGCUCCUCGCAGAGCCAGCGGAGCCGCAAGUCGCUCAGCCCGGUGGGCGGCCGCUCGCCCCUCAGCCCCUACAGCCGCCGCCGCUCCCCCAGCUAUAGCCGGCACAGCUCCUACGAGCGCGGCGGGGAUGUGUCGCCCAGCCCCUACAGCAGCUGGCGCCGGUCGCGGAGCCCCUACAGCCCCGUUAUCCGGAGAUCAGCAAAAUCUCGAAGCAGAAGUCCAUAUUCAUCAAGGCACUCGAGGUCUCGUAGCAGACACAGAUUGUCUAGAUCCAGAAGUCGUCAUUCAAGUAUUUCUCCUAGUACAUUGACUCUGAAGAGCAGCCUUGCUGCUGAGCUGAACAAAAACAAAAAAGCAAGAGCUGCUGAGGCAGCCAAAGCCAGUGCAAAAGCUUCCAAUACUUCAACACCUACUAAGGGAAGCACUGACACUGCUGUAAGUGCACCUCAAGUGAACAAUGUAAAGGACCUGAAGAAAAUAAAAACUGAGCAUACACCUUCUCCUACAAGCAGUGCAAAUUUGAAAAAUGACAAGGCAAAAGCAAAGGUCUCACUUCCUGAAACAAAAGGGGAAAAUAAUUUAAUUGCAGACAAAAUUACUAAACAGAAACCUGCAGCAGUAAAAGAGAAUAAAUUAACUAUUGUAAAACAGCCAGCGGUCACUGUAAAAGAGAAAAGCAAACCGAGUACACCAAGUGUAGUAACCAAGGAGAAGGACCGAAUUGUUGCACUACCAACCUCCACACUGCCACCCUUGCCUUUGCCUCCCACGCUGCCUGAAGAUAAAGAAACUGAUAGUUUGCGAGAGAAUCUUUCAGUGAAGUCAGUUAAAGAAGCAGAGAAGAAGCUUCGCCAUCUGCUUGCAGACUUGCCACUUCCACCUGAGUUGCCUGGAGGAGCUGACUUAUCCAAAAGUCCUGAAGAAAAGAAACCAGCAGUUCAGUUACACAGCAAGAGAAGACCAAAAAUAUGUGGACCACGACAUGGUGAAACAAAAGAAAAAGAAAUAGACUGGGGAAAGCGCUGUGUGGAUAAAUUUGAUAUCAUUGGUAUUAUUGGUGAAGGCACUUAUGGACAAGUUUACAAAGCCAGAGAUAAAGACACAGGGGAAAUGGUGGCAUUAAAGAAAGUACGUCUGGAUAAUGAAAAGGAAGGGUUUCCAAUUACAGCUAUUCGGGAGAUUAAGAUUCUUCGACAGCUUAAUCACCAAAGCAUUAUCAACAUGAAGGAAAUAGUGACAGAUAAGGAAGAUGCUUUGGACUUCAAGAAGGACAAAGGUGCAUUUUACCUGGUAUUUGAAUAUAUGGACCAUGACUUGAUGGGACUGCUGGAAUCUGGUUUGGUUCAUUUUAAUGAAAAUCAUAUUAAAUCUUUUAUGAGACAGCUGAUGGAGGGCUUGGCCUAUUGCCAUAAGAAGAACUUUUUGCACAGAGAUAUCAAAUGUUCAAAUAUUCUACUAAAUAAUAGAGGGCAGAUAAAGCUUGCAGAUUUUGGGCUUGCUCGGCUGUACAACUCUGAAGAAAGCCGACCAUAUACCAACAAAGUUAUUACACUAUGGUAUCGGCCUCCUGAACUUCUGCUUGGAGAAGAAAGAUACACACCAGCUAUCGAUGUCUGGAGCUGUGGCUGCAUCCUGGGUGAACUUUUUACAAAAAAGCCAAUAUUUCAAGCAAAUCAAGAACUUGCUCAACUGGAACUUAUAAGCCGAAUUUGCGGGAGUCCUUGUCCAGCAGUGUGGCCUGAUGUUAUAAAAUUAGCUUAUUUCAACACAAUGAAACCAAAGAAGCAGUAUCGUCGAAAACUGAGAGAAGAGUUUGCUUUCAUCCCACCAGCUGCAUUAGACUUAUUCGAUUAUAUGCUUGCUCUGGAUCCCAGCAAGCGCUGCACAGCUGAACAAGCUCUUCAGUGUGAGUUUCUGCGAGAUGUGGAACCAUCUAAAAUGCCUCCUCCAGACCUUCCUUUGUGGCAGGAUUGCCAUGAGCUGUGGAGUAAGAAACGCAGAAGACAGAAGCAGAUGGGUAUGACUGAUGACUCAACAGCAACUAAAGUCCCUAGGAAGGAUCUGUCUCUAGGCAUGGAUGAGAGCAGAACCAACACCCCACAAGGCAUGCAAACUUCUUCCCAACUCAAAACUCAGGGCAACUCUAGUGUAGCAAUUGCAAAAACAAGCACUGGACAGCAGUUAAACCAGAAUGAAGUGGCAAUCCUGCUAAACCUGCUACAGUCUAAAACAAGUGUUAGUUUGGCACAGUUUGCCCAAGUGUUGAAUAUUAAGGUAAACCCAGAGACUCAGCAGCAACUAAAUAAAAUAAAUCUUCCUGCUGGAAUUUUGUCAGCAGGUGAAAAACAGUCAGAACAGCAGCAGCAGCAGCCGCCGCCGCCUCCGCCACCACCGCCGGAACAGGAGCCUCUAAAACAGCCGGCCGUCACGCAGCCUCCUGUACCACCUGCUCAGCUGAGUCAGCCUAAAGUUGAGACUGAUGCUGCCCAGGCAGCUGUACAGAGUGCAUUUGCUGUUCUGUUGUCUCAGUUAAUAAAGGCUCAGCAAACAAAACAAAAAGAUUUUGUGUUGGAGGAGAAGGAAAAUGGAUCAGGAAAUGAAAUGUCAUUACAACUCAGGCAGCCUCCAGAGCCCACCACUCCUGCGUCUGUCAGCCGGGACGAUGUAGACUCUCCAGCACCCGGCUACCCGCAUCUGAUCAAGUCGUUAUAUACAUCUGCAGGUCAAGAGGAUUUGGUUAGGCAGUCCGAGAUGAGGCUUCUAAACCGAACACCCGAACAAGAACGCCCUCGGAUCUUGCCUCCAGACCAGCGUCCCCCAGAGCCACCGGAGCCUCCGCCUCUCACUGAUGAAGACCUUGAUUAUCGGACAGAGAACCAGCAUUUGCCUAUAACUAACUCUUCAGGAACAGAUCCUCACGCAGGAGUGAAAGCAGCUCUUCUGCAGCUGCUUGCUCAGCACCAAGCUCAGGCGACAACAGAGGAGCCAGUACAAACAAGUGUGGAUUAUCAGGCUAGAGACUCCUACGUAACAGGCCCAGACUACAAGGAUAACUUUGGAUCAUCUUCCUUCUCAUCUGCCCAUUAUGGCAGUAGUGAUGGAAUAGGAAGUGGAUCAUCAGGAGCAUUAGAAAGGAGGAGCUUCCUUGGAAACUCGGAUAUUCAGCCUUUGGAUAACUACAGUACUGCUUCAUCUCACUCUGGUGGUGCCCCUCCUCCGUCGGCCUUUUCGGAAUCCUUUCCCAGCUCAGUAACUGGUUAUGGAGACAUUUACCUCAACGCUGGCCCCAUGCUGUUUAGUGGAGAUAAAGACCAUAGGUUUGAAUACAGCCACGGCCCUAUCCCGGUUCUGGGGAGCAGCGGAGACGCUUCCGCAGGGCCAGAGAACACGCACUCUUUGCCCGCAAAGAUGCACAACUAUAGCUACGGAAGUAACUUACAGGAAAAUCCCGGUGGCAUCAGCCACAUGCAUGGACAGACGUGGACUUCUCCUGCCCAAGGACCUGGCUAUUCCCAAGGAUACAGGGGACACAUUAGCACAUCUGCAGUGAGAGGGCGAGGCAGAGGAUUACCAUAUUGAGUAUCUGUUUUUCCUCAGGCACAUCAUUUUUAUCUGGAAAAACUUUUUUUUUUUCCUAGCUGCAGUUUAAAGCAGCAGUUCAACAGACUUGAAUAAUGUUAAUUCAACAGCUUUAUUUUUAUGUGGAAAAGGGUCUUGCAUACAGUAGGAAAAAUUAAAAAUGCUUAAAACUCAUGCUGUCUGAAAACUAGAUAAAUUGAUUGUACAUGUUCACAAACUCUAGUUCUGAAUUUUAUUUUGUAUUUUGGCAGUUUUAAGUGGAUGCUAAAUUUAGGGACAUCAGCUUUUUAUGGCACUCUUUCAGAUCUUCUGAACUAUGCACAUUUGUGCUUUUUUUGUAAGUUUGGACCAACUUUUAUGUAAAAAAAAAUUUUACAACAAUCAAAGCAGGGCACUGAUUUAUUUGGUAUUUUUCUUUUUACAGAACUACCUUUAGUCAAAGGUCACUGUCAGUCUUUGCACUGCUUUCAGUGUUAUUGUGGAAGGUGUACUUUGUGCUCAUUUCAGAUAAUAAAACACAACCUUUCUCUUGAUGCAAAAUUUUAUAAAUAUUUGGUCAAUGUUAUUUUUUUUUUCUUUCAAGAAAAAAAAAAGAAUGGAUGUUCUGGUAAAAUGUUCUCUCCAUCUCCCAGGCUUGUUUAUAUAAAAACUGUUUUACUUGAAUGGUAAGUGCCUUAACAUGUAAGCUUAAGGUCUACAAAAAUUUGGAAGUACUUUAUAGAUUGAUAUGAAAAUAAUACCUAAACCUAGGUAGUUAACAUGAAAAUUCAGAUAAUAAUAGGCAACUCAAAUAGGUCAUAACCUUGUGCUGUUUACUUCAGGUGGGCCAGUUAUUUAGAGACCUAACCUUAUCUUGAUGAACUCAUAAUUUCCAAAUUGAACUUCAUGAGAAACGUUGAAAGUGAGGAGAAGAACGAAGAGUGUAGUUUUUCCUCGGCUCCCUCUUGGAGUUGUAGUAAGUGUUUUAGUUCCUCUGCCAAAUAAAAUAUACUUUAUAUGUUCUUACCAAGUGAUGAAAUAGUUUUUUCUCUUAAAUGUCAACAGCAGUAAUUACUUUACUUUGUGUGAAAAGCUGACACUGUCGUCUUUUUACCACAAAUACUGCAUUAAUAGGAAGUAACCAAAGGAAAAAUGACCAGUAUUUAAAGCAACAGCAAAACAUUUGACACUAGUUCUAAUUCUCUGUAAACUUGUGAUUGUGCCAAUUAAUCGAUUUUAUGUCUGCUAUUCCACAGAACAUUUUAAUAUUGGAAUCGAGUCUCUCUGAACAACUGAUAAAAUGCCUGUAGCUAAAACUCUUACUAAGAGCCACUCCUCAUAUUAAUUACAACUUCCAGCAUGCUUUUUUUUUUUCCUUUGACAACAAGUGGUCUCUCUCCUGCAGAGAGGAGGUAUGGUUAUAUUUUGCAUGUACGUAAAAGAAUGUUUUAAAGCCCAUAUUGGAAACAAUUUUCCAACUGAUUAUCCAGUUGACAAAUCGGUACCUUAUGUAACUGAGUGUUUAAUUAUUACUUUUUAAAAAGUAAAAUUUCUACUUACACUAUUACCAACGUAGUCUUGUCAGUGACUUUUUGGAUUUUCAGAAUAGAAGCCAAAGUUGUUGGUGUUUUGUUUUGUUUUAGUUGAAAAUCCUGGUUCGUGUAUGGCUAACUACCACAUUGUAGAGCAUGGAGAAACUCACUUCGCUAACUACGUAGCGUUUGAUGAUCUGGCAAAUGAGAAAUGGAGAGAGA